AUGGCCUCUGUGGGUGCGCCGCUCUGCCGCCACCGUGACCGCGAUGGGAGCGCUGCACGUACCCCCCUCCAAGGAUCCCAUAACGUUAAGCCAUCAGAUGGAGCGGGAAGUUUGCUGUCCUCUGAAGCAUGUCAAGGAGUUAGGAAACAGAAGAGUAAUACAAAUCUGAGCAGUGAGAAGAGUGCACCCACUCCAGUAACUUCAAGGAGACUCACAUCUCUUGGAGCAAUGCCGGCUAAUGGGAUUGUGAAGACUAAAAAAGAUCUUGUGCUUAUGAAAGAGAAAAAGAAACAGAAGGCACUGGAGAAGGAGAUUCGUGCAUUAGUGAGAGAACGUGGAGAACAGGAUAAAAAGCUUAAGGCUCUGGAUGAAGAUCUUGUUAAGACUGAAGCAAAGCUGAGUGCUGCAGUUCAGGAGAAAACAUCUCUUUCGGCAAAUGUUGCAUGCCUGAAAAAACAGCUUCUGGAGAUUACAAGAAGCAAUGAACUAUUAAAGUCAAAGCUGUCUGAAGAUGGUGCGCAGAAGAAAAUGAGCAGUCUGUGUAUGGAGUUGAUGAAGCUCAGAAACAUGAGGGAUGCUAAGGAAAAGACUGCACUGUCAAAGCAGGAAGACAUGGAAAUGAAGCUGCAGGAAGUACAAAGGAAUCUAGAGCAUUCAAAAGGAAAAGUAGCGCAGUUACAAGAAAAACUGUCUGCUACUGAGAGAGAGAAAGUUGAAGAAAAGUCUGACACUGAAAGACUCCUGGAAUAUAUUACAGAACUCAGUAGUGUUGCAGAAACAGCUAAGAAAUACAAACUGGAAGUCAGCCAGAUGGAGGAGACACUGAGUAAGAAAGACCAAGAUAUUGAGAUCCUGAGGAAUACCCUCAAAGCAAAAGAGGAAGAGUCAUGUAAACUGAUGAAAGAACUUAAUGAGAGGUGUCAAUUGCUUCAACAAGAGAAAGAGAAAGAAUUGCUGGAGGCUGAAGGACAGCUCCUGAGAAUGAAUGCUGAAAUAGAAGACCUGAAAAAAAAAAUUGAUUUAGUGGAACAAGAACAUCAAAAACUGCUUCAGAAGCAUCAGGAGGUCAUCUCUCAACUGCAGCAAGAGAAGGAGUCAUCGGCAUCAGUGCAGCAGAAGUUACUGGAGUUUGAAGAUGAAGUAGCAAGUGAGAGACAUCUUCUGGAAAAAGAGCUGAAUGAUACCGUGAAGGAGCUGAAUACGUUGCAUGUGAAGGAGAAGACAGCUGAAAAGCUGGUGAAACAACUGGAACAAGAAAUCAAAUCUCAAGAUCGUGAACUUGCACAGAUGAAAGAAGAGUUGAAAGGGAAGAAUGCAGAGUUAGAGCAAAUCAAGGCAAUGCAUAGCAGUGCUCUAUUGAAAAUCCAAGAAGAGCACAGCAAUACCCUGCAGAAACUUGGAAAGACUAUUGCUGACUUUGAAAGCUACAAGAAAACAUCAGGUGAAGAAAUUUGCAGUUUUAAACUGGAGAAUACCUCUCUGCGAGAAGAAAUUGUGAGCCUAAAAAAAGUAGGCCAAGACAAUCUGCAGCUGCUUCAAGAAGCAGAAUACAAUAAAAACAAAACAAAUGAAGAAUGUGCAAGGAUGCUUUUAGAAGCCCAGACCAAGCUUGCACUAAAAGAAGCAGAAACAGAGAGAACAAAAGAGUCUUACCUUGCACAAAUGACUGAACUUCAGGAAAAAUUUGAGGAGCAAACUGAAGAUUUGAAAAGAGAACUUGAAGCAGAAAGAUCAAGGAAAACCAUAAGUGAAGAUGUGACCUCUAGCUUAAAGAAAGAGAUCAAGACCUGGUGUAAACUGUAUGAAGAUUUACAUAACAAAGUUAAGCCUUUUCAGCAACAACUAGAUGCUUUUGAAGCAGAGAGGAAUGCACUCCUGGAGAAGCAUGGGGCAGCCCAAGAAGAGCUGAAUAAACUGAGUGAUGCGUAUGCUAAACUACUUGGCCACCAGAACAUGAAACAGAAAAUCAAGCAUGUUAUGAAGUUGAAGGAAGACAACGCCCACUUGAAGCAGGAUGUCUCAAAACUGCGUGCGUUGCUAGCUAAGGAAAAGCAAACCAGCAGACAUCUUCAGGAGCAGCUGUGUGCAGUGCAGGGCAUUAAGUGUUUUGAUCCUUCCAAAGCUUUCCAGCAUGACAGCAAGGAAAAUAUUCCUCCAAAAACACCUUUAAAAGAAGGUAAUAAAAACAAAAUUUAAAGUUUACUUGAUAUUAAGAAAAUCAC